ACAACGUUAGCCGAAUACCGCCUGAAUUGGAAGCUGUAGCGCAUGCGUGUGGACGCGGCGAGUUCUCUCGCAUGUGCAGCAGUUGAGGCGCUUUAGUGAGGCAUGUGCGCAGGCGCAGCAGAGUGACACGGUCCGGAAGUGACGCGGAGCCCCGCUAUGGCGGCUGUCAGAGGGCCCCGCAGCGCCUCCCAGAGCGGAAUGGGAGUGUAACCGGCUCCUUAGCCGCCACUUCCUCCCAGCGUGUAACGGAGCCUGCUCCUCUCUCCCCCGCUGCCCUGCCCGGCCCUAGCACCGGAUUCCCGGGAUGAUGCGGACUCCAGGGCUCCUUGGCCUCAGGGGCUUCGUGGCCUUUGCAGCCAAACUGUGGAGCUUCGUCCUCUACCUGCUCCGCCGGCAGAUCAUACAGUACCAGACGGUGAGAUACGACGUUCUGCCGCUCUCUCCGGCUUCCCGCAACCGCCUCAGUCAGGUGAAACGGAAAGUUCUAGUUCUAGAUUUAGAUGAGACCCUGAUCCAUUCUCAUCACGAUGGGGUUCUGCGCCCGACGGUCCGACCCGGGACCCCCCCAGAUUUUAUACUUAAGGUUGUUAUAGAUAAACAUCCGGUGCGAUUCUUUGUACAUAAACGGCCGCACGUGGAUUUCUUCCUGGAGGUGGUGAGCCAGUGGUACGAGCUGGUGGUAUUUACAGCCAGCAUGGAGAUCUACGGCUCCGCUGUGGCCGACAAGUUAGAUAACAACAGGGGCGUGCUGCGGAGGCGUUUCUACAGACAGCACUGUACGUUGGAGCUGGGCAGUUACAUUAAGGACCUGUCAGUGGUGCACAGCGACCUGUCUAGUGUGGUCAUUCUGGAUAACUCCCCCGGAGCCUACAGGAGCCACCCAGAUAACGCGAUUCCCAUAAAGUCGUGGUUCAGUGACCCCAGCGACACGGCCCUAUUGAAUCUGCUGCCAAUGUUGGACGCUCUCAGGUUCACAGCCGACGUCCGGUCCGUUCUAAGCCGCAAUCUCCACCAGCACCGACUGUGGUGACAGUGACCCCCGCUCACCCCUCUCCUGAAUAUCCCCUGCCCCCCCCCCGGUGCAUUUACAGACAGAGACUGUACCCCUCAGCGAGGAAGGAGGAUACGGAGCGCCCUCUUUCUACCUCUCGGACACUUUACGGGGAGGGUGACAUGGACUCUAAGAUGCCCCUUCUGCCCCUUUUUUUCAGGGGUUGGGGGUGCGUGGGGGGAAGGAGGGGCUGGUUUUUAAUUGUAGACUUUCUUGUAUAAAGAGAAUUAUUUCAAGUUA